AUGGAUCUUCGAUAUGAUGAUGAUGAAGGUAUAUAUAACAAAAAGACUAUUAAGAUACUAGAACGUACUCCUGAAGACCAAUGGAAAGAGUACCGUGAUACCUGGGGUCAAACGUUAUUACACUAUGCCGCAAGAUCAGGGGCCGAAGAUAAAUUUGCAUCGGAGUACGGCGAUGUGUACAACUCUAAGUGGGAAGAUCUCUUGCGGAAAUUCAAGGGCCAUGAUGCUAUCAGAGCCCGCGAUAAAGAGGGCCGCUCAGCGCUCUCUUGGGCUGCAGGGACUGAAAACCUUGUUGCCAUAAGAAUGUUACUCCGCCCUCCGAGUACAACCCGCAAUAUUCCCAAGGCGAGAAUGCCUAAUAUUGGGCGGACUUUAUAUCACAAGGGCCGAGAAGUAUACAAGAAUGAUUUGGAUAACGAAGGUCAAAUGCCAUUAUUCCACCUUCUGCUUCACCGAAACCGCGGUCCUCGGAAUCGCCUUGAAUCUCCCCAAGAUGGGCAUCUUUCCAUCCCUGGCCGAAGAGGUUCUUUGGCUCCUAUAAAGGACCUAAUAUGGAACCUGGACACCUGGAGAGGCAGAAGGGAUUCACCGUUCUCCACAGACGCCCCAGAAUAUCACCUACGAUCGUCAUGGCAACCCGAUUAUUUUGACAAAGAUUACCUGAAUGGAAAAGGUCGCGACGGCCGCUCAUUACUCUCACACGCAGUGGGACAAGGGGACUUUGACUUCGUUCGUACUCUGCUCGAGGUUGAAGGGAUUGAUGUACAAUUGGCGGACAACGAUGGAACCACUCCGCUGAUGCAUGCCAUUCAAAGGAGAGAUAAGAAUAUAUCGAUUCUGCUGAGCUCGUACCCUCUACAGGACCUUCCUCACACUUUGAUCGGCCCGAAAUUUGAUUCAGUCAUUGAGAAUUUGAAAUGGGCUUUUCAAAUAGGUCUUAUCAAGGAUCAAACUAGUGGCGAAGCUGUGCUCCAGCAUGCGCUAAACUUGAAGCAUCUCACUGCUGCCAAAGCAACCCUCAAACUUGGUGUAUCACCACGAAAGGUUUUUAAAUACAGAAGUGAUUGGUUUGAGCUCAUAAAACAUAGUGCGACGCAGCCAACAUAUCUCAUUGUGACAGAAACAGUAAUUCAGGAAAAGUUAACGCAGGUAAAGAUGGAAUAUAGUCUUGAUUUUCCGGAUGAUGAUGAUGAUGAUGAUGGAAAGACGAACCCCAAUCGAUUACUUUAUAUUUAUCGGAGCUUCAAGCACUUUGAUAUUACGGAACAUUCGAGCAAGCAAUAUGCCAACCACAGCGUCAUUUUCAAAACGAACGAGCAAGAAUUGGUAUCCCAUAUCGACCUGACUUUUCCGGAUCCGAAAAAAUUCUUCGACACCGAAAAACAGUCUUGGCUUGGUCGUGGCCAGAUCCAAAAUAAGCAAAGCGAAAGUAAUAAGGGCAUUAGAUGGACUAGAAAUGGAAAGGGACAGGCCUUCUACCAUUCCAUCCUGCAAUCUGGAAAAAUACCCGAAGACGGAAACAGGUUCAUAUCGGAUCUAAUGGCUGAUCUGCAAGUGGAAUGGGAUCGGAUUAUUGAUACAGCAGAGGAUCGAAUCAACAAAUCAUUCACACCAAAUAUAGAAAGACGACGCCUACUCGAAUACCUUGCUACCGAGGGCAAGUAUCUGGCCACGCUCCGGCAGUCAUUGUAUCAGCAUACGAAAUCUACCUCUGACUUAGUCAAGGAUUAUAACGAUAAGAUUCGGAAUUUAAACGACGUAUCUAAAAGAUUUUUCGGCGAGGAGCAGCAUCACAGAGAUGUGGAGAACGAAUGCCAAAAUUUCGAAAAAGGAACAAACAUUCGGCUUCAGCAACAAGAGCAAACACUCCGUGAUGCGCGUCAAAUGGAGAUCGCGCAGAUAUCAAUUGCGGAAACCAUGUUUCUGAAGAGACUUAGCCUAAUUACAUUUAUUUAUCUGCCUUUGAUGUUUACUGCAAGCAUAUUUGGAAUGAAUGUGAAUGCUUUACAGAGCAACCCUGACUGGCGGUGGUUUGUUCUAUUUGGGCUCGGCUCACUUGCUUUGACAUACGGACUCUGGAAGAUUUCUGAAGGGGAUUUUGAAAUAUACACUUCGUUGUGCGAUAAAUUUGGAAGGUUACGAAGCCAGCGUUCUGCGAAGAACGAUGAUAUAUCUUGA